AUGACAACGGCAGCGCGGCCGACCUUCGAGCCGGCGAAGGGUGGAAUGAUGAAGGGAGAGACUGACUUGGGUCAGCUCUCCAAGCAAGUUUCUACCCGAGACAUGCCCUCGCAAAUGACCCUCAAGUACCGAGGAGAUGGACAGGGAAACGAGGCCGACUACGAAAUGACCGAUUUCAAGAAGAAACUCGAGCAGGCCGAGCGAAAGGCUCGAGAAGACAGAAACAAGGAACGAGGAAUGUACAAGGGCUCAAGCUCGAGUUCGUCAGUAGCGCACUCAGCGAUAACGUCAGGCUCGUCUCGGACAAGGAAUAUAGACGCGGACGAGCCGAUAGAAGACUCAGACGACGACUCAUCAGAUGAAGAAGACGAGACCGCCGAUCUCUUGGCCGAGCUCAACAAGAUUAAAGCUGAACGAGAAGAAGAAAAGAAAGAACAAGAAGCCGCUCGCGCUGAAGAUGAAGAAAGAAUUCGCCAGGAAAAUAUUCUCAAGGGCAACCCACUGCUCAACGAUGGAAAGAAAGCGCAAACUGCAGUGAAACGGCGGUGGGAUGACGACGUCGUCUUCAAGAACUGCGCCCGACAAGAGCCUGAAAAGAAGAAAAACUUCGUGAACGACACUAUCCGAUCGGACUUCCACCGUCGAUUCAUGUACAAGUACAUCAAGUAG